UUCUCUCCAAGUUGUCAAAUAGCAUAAGCUGUCCAUAUAAUUUUAUUCUAAAAAAAAGGGUACUGCCGGGAGUUGGUUUCAUCAGAAGUGGAGAAAGUUUAAUAAUUCUAAUGAUAAUAAGUGCACACGUUAUAAAGAAAAUUGGCACUUGAGUAAGUGACCAAAACUUGGGAGACAUAAUAUGUAAAAAAAAAUGUCUCUAGCUAGGCACGAACCCGCAAACAAACACCCAGACACAUAAAGUAUAAAGAAUAGGAAAGCCCACCACAAUUUCGCGCAGCAAAACAAAUUAAGAUACUAACAUGCAUUCAAACAAAUGGUGCAAAACCCAUCAUCCACGCACUAGCUAGUAGUCCAACAGAACAACAUUCAUGAGGGUACUCAUUAAAACAUUACAAAUAUAGACAUAGAGAGAGAGAUCGUGUGAAGGGGUGGCGAUGGAGAAGGCAUUGUGGAGGUCGAAGUACGUGGUUUCCGGAGGGGGGUUGAAGUGGAUGGUGUUUGUGGUGGUGUGUGUGGCGUGCGUGGUGGGAAUAUGGCCGUGGUAUCCAGAGCUGAAGAUCGAGAGAAUGGAAGUGAAGCGGGUGAAGGUGCGGCCGGUGCCGCCGGUGGGGGCGGACGUGUCGAUAUCGAUGUCGGUUAGGGUAAGGAACCGUGACAUAUACUGGAUGGAGAUGAGGGAGGUGGACGUGGGAAUGAAGUACAGAAGGAAGAAGAUGGGCCACGUAGAGUUGAAGGGCUGGCAGGUUAAAGGCUGGAGCUCAACUCACGUGGAGGCGGAAGUUGUGUUCGCAGAGCUUCCCUCGUCUCAAGUUCCCUAUUUGCUCGAGGACGUCGCCAAGGGUAAGGUCUACUUUCGCACUGUUGUUGAACUCUCCGGCCAGUUCGGCAUUCUCUCAUUUCGCACCCCUCUUCCUCUUGAGUUCAAGACAAUACUGGCAUGUGAGAUCUUGGUCAAUACAAAAAACCAUUCAAUUAUUCUUCAACACUGUCUUCACAAGGACUAACCACAAACGCUCUGCAAUCAUGGGAGAUGAAGCCUCAAGAAAAAGAUGUUGGUCUCCCAAGAUAUAUGUAUACAUGUAUAAAUUUAAAUUAUAUAAUUCAGGUUUGGAUGGAUCAAUGGGACGCACCACGAUGGCCACAUAUUCUAAAGAUUAUAUAUUACUAUUAUGUUAGGAGCGUGUUCCAGAAGCAAUUGCCACUUGCAAUGAUUGUAGUAUUAUGAUCAUUAUUUGUGUCAGUGGGUAAAAACUCAAUCAUGAAAAUAACUAUGUUUUCGAUCAGAAUCGUAGCUAACGGUUAUUUUA